AUGGAAGAGUGGUGGACUGUGGUGGAGCACGAGGGCAGAGAAGAAGAGCUUUAUAUCUGUCAUCACACUGUGGUGUGGUCCAGAGGGCAGCCAGCUGAAAGCAGUUCUAAUAAUGUUGAUGGAGAGGUGGAAGGAGAUGGAGGCAGAUCUGUGGUGUGCACUCUCACUGUUGAGAGUAAAAUCAAACAAGCUCUCUUCACAACCUUUUACACAUUUCCGGACCAGCCUGCCAUGCUGGGAGAACCUGUCAUUGAUCACCCAACAGGCUCUUCAAUCUACAGCCUGUGUGUGCUGGAGCAGGAGUAUUUAACCAUCUACACAGAGGCUGGGGAGGAAUUCACCAUUUCUCUACCCUUUGCGGUUGAGAAGAUAUGGAGCAUAUGGUAUGGAUUGCUACUGCAGCGCAAAAUAGGUUCUUCAGAGCCGGAUCCUCCACACCCAUUGAUUUUCUCUUUAAUGCAUCCUCUUGAAGAGAUAACUCCAAUCAACCAAAAAACUGGUUUGAGCAAUUCGCAGCUGCCGAGCUACGGCACUGACGUUCAACAAAGCAUCAUCCUGACUUCCAUCCAUCCGUCCAUAGCGAUCACGCACAGCGGGAAGCACAACAGCGUGUCUGUCUGGCGCGCGCGACGCUGCAAUAUGGAGGAAAACGCAGCCAUGGUGCACAACUGCAGCUUCACAGAAGACAAGUCCGGUCAAGACCAGAGCAACACCCCAUACGUAAAGGGUGGGCUUCCCAUCCCAAUUAUGUCUAAUGUAGGGAUGUCUCCAGCUCCUCUUCUGCACUUCACCCCUUCCCGCUCAUUUACUCUCAAUCACACUAGCUUAAACUUUACGCCUCUGCAGCAAUCGCAAUCGAAUUUCACUCCUUCACAAUUCCCCUCUUCACAUUUCACACCGACGCAGUUCACAUCGUCACAUUUCACCCCUGCAGCAGCCCUACACUUUACGCCGAGGGCUCUGUCACCUCACAACAGUUCUUACCGAUGUCACCCUCACAACAGCUCCCACAGAUGCCUCCCCCUCCUAUCUUCACCUGCCAUCACUCCCUUAGCCCGGCCAUCUCCCUUGUACGGCACAGUAAAAACUCCUGUCAACGCGCGUCUCCGCUCUGUCUUCACGGCUGCCGAUCAUCUUACGCCUAAACAGCACAAGUCGCUCUUAGCGCGAACUUCAUCUCCAUCUUACCUGAGUCAGCACGCUCGCUUGGGUCCAACACCUUCACCUCGGACUCCACGCUCAACCUUGUCAUGCGCGCCCAACCCAUCCGCGCUGAACGAGUCGAUGGGUGAGAUGGACCCCCUCAUACCAGACCUGUGUUUCGAGCUGCUCUGGACGGACCAGACUGCAGUCAAACCACGCUCAGCGUUCUUGUCAGAGGACUGUGUGGGGCAGCGAUACUUGUGUCUUCUAUUGAAAGACUCACUGCGUGUUAUCAAGUACGAACACACAAACGAUCUCACCAGCCUUGUAUUUGGUAGUUGUUCGUCUAUCACCGCCAAAGAUGCCACGCCGAUAAUAUCUCUGAGCAUGAUCCUUGUUAUUGAUGAUGCUGAUUACCUGUGCCUGUAUUCCGGUACUGUACACGUGUGCAGAAUUAACGUCACGCAGUCGAGCUUGCCUCUGAACACGACCUUAUUUAAAGACUUUUCGUCACUCAACAUAUCGUCCUCUCAGCUGAUCAGUCCUGCUGCCACGCCGCUCCGACGAUCCAGUUUGCUUCCAUCUAAACGUACGGCGCCGCUACUGGAAAAAUUAACCUUCUCUCCAGUUGUCUCCGAUAAACCUUCUGUGAGGUUUUUUGACUGUGAACCUACAGGAACUUCAAUUAGUAAUUCACUUGUGGUCAGUCUACAAGAUCCUGCUCUGCAUCGCGUCACAAUUAAGCUCUCAAACGGUUUAAUGCAUCGCAUUACUCUGCCAGAUUUGUUCUCCUCGUCCUUGGUGAGCCGCGUUCUCCAGGCUUUCAAGCACGUGCUUCCUCGAGACAUGUCGUUACUGCUCAUAGCUCGUUGGUAUUCCACGCGCAAUAGCCCAGGGUCUGGAGAUUUUUCUGCUCAGGGCGAGUGGUCGUUAUUUUCUAGGACUCUUCUUUCACUCAUUGGUUAUGACACGGACAAGCUGCAAGCAUCGUGGCCACUUGAACCUCCAGGCUGCCAUAGCCCUACGGCUGUCCAGAAGAAAGUCAAGACUACUGAGAACGGCUGCGAUAAAGACUGGGAGCAUCUGCUGUCGUCUCAGUACCAUCGACAAAACAGCGCCAAUAUGAGUGAAGUAUUAAAUCUCGGCUGGGUGGGAUCCAUCCCUGAUGAUGCAUGCACUAUGGACAACAAUGGCUUGAAUAUUUCAAGUCCUCUCUUCUCACACAUGCCGGCGAUAUUUUUUGCUUUGCAUUUACUCUACGAGGAACUCAAAUGCUGCAUGCUGUAUUGGGAGCUUUGCGCUCUCCUGCUACCAUGCUUGUCGCAGUUGGCUGCUGACCUUCGAGCAUCGUCUUACCUCUAUCACUAUUGGCGGGAUUUCCCAACUAUUUGUUGUCCUGAAGGUCCGUCACUCCACCUUUCUGAGAAAAGUCGCACUUUGUUGCCUGUUCCCUCAUACUUCUCAGAGACGCCUCCCAGCUUUUUGGCGCACGUGAUGAAAAUCAUGAAAGGUGAACACGUUGAACCCUUUCCAUACAUUCCAGAAAUUUGCCCGUUAAUCAGAAGUGUUCUACUAAUUUACUGUGUAUCAGCUGAUGGCUGUCAGCGCGACAAAUUUUCACUAGAUAAGUACCUGCGUAAAAUUUUCCCUUCGAGUAGGAACAGCUUUGACCCUCAUCGUUAUUUGUCAUUCGAAUUAUCCCGGAAUUCUAUGACCAUUCACGAGAAAAUCGUACUCCUAACUGAUAACCUUGGCCUAUCAAAUCUGGACAUCCAACUGCUUGCACCGGGACUGUCGCUGUUACUUAUCAAUUCUCAGCAUCAAUGUCGCGCUAAUCCUCCUAUUUCCUGGAAUGGUUCUACCUACCGUCUAAUCAACCGUCCUGACAUGGUACUUCAUGAUCAGCAGGCAGCCGAUCACAAUGAGUUUUUGUUCAAGCUCUCCCAGGACGCGUACGCAGCACCUGCACAAUUUGAUGGCUUCAAAAGCCCUCUCGGUAACGACACGUCUCUUGAUUCGAAGGAGGUUGAAGAAAGCUACAAACUUGAUGGCAUGGAUUCCUUGGAUUGGGCCGUGCUACGGCUACGUUGGCCCGCCGAUAAACGUGUCAAAGACGUUCGUCAUAUGCUCAACUCUGCUACGCCUGUGCUGAUUGAUAUCAAGCAGCGUCUGGAAGUGUCAGAUCAUGAAUUUCAGGAAGAACAGGAAAGGUAUCUCAUCAGCCUCAGCGUACGCACCAUGGCACUUCCAAUCGGUCGGGGUAUGUUUACGCUUUCCACUCACACGCCCAUCAUUACAGAAACUCUGGUCAUCCCUCCUCUGUGUCUCACGGGUAAGGCUCCUCCACGUGGUGCAACAAUUGAUCUUUCUAACGCCGAAGUGCCUCCGAAUAUGAACUUGUGGCCUUUGUUCCACAACGGCGUCGCCGCGGCUUUAAAGAUUCAUCCGAGUAGCGAAGGCAUUGACACAUCUUGGAUUUUGUUCAACCGUCCAAAGACCGGAACUGACGCCACUGAACAUGCUGGUUUUCUGUUGGGAUUGGGUCUAUGCGGGCACAUACGCAACUUGAGCACCGUAGGACUCCAUGAAUACCUCAGUCGAGCCCAUGAACUAACCAGCGUUGGCCUUCUUCUUGGCCUCGCCGCCUCAAGACGUGGAUCUUGCCACGCUGCAACUACCAAGCUACUGAGCAUCCAUCUGGAAUGCCUUCUUCCUCCCACUUGCACUGAACUCGACAUCCACCACACUGUGCAAGUGGCAGCAAUCAUGGGCAUAGGUAUUCUAUACCAGGGGAGCGGUCAUCGCCACAUGGCGGAGGUCUUGUUGCGCGAAAUCGGCCGACCUCCUGGGCCAGAGAUGGAGAAUUCCAAUGACCGCGAGUCAUAUUCAUUGGCCGCUGGCUUGGGUCUCGGGCUUGUGAUGUUCGGCAAAGGAGCUGAACCCAACCAGUUUGCUGACCUCGAUAUUGCUGGUCAGCUCUAUCACUACAUUGAGGGAGGCUACCAGAAACCCAUGUCCGGUCCAACUCGAGACAAGUACAAAUCUCCAUGUUACCAAAUUAAAGAAGGUAAACGAGUAAACAUCGACGUGACUUCGCCCGGAGCGACGCUCGCUCUAGGCAUGAUCUAUUUUGCUAGCGGAAAUCAAGCGGUGGCUCAGUGGAUGCAAGCUCCAGGAACCAAUUUUUUGUUGGAACAAAUCAGGCCUGACUUCCUCUUGUUGAGGAUAGUCUCUUGGGGCCUGAUCAUGUGGCGACAAGUUGUUCCGUCGGUUGAAUGGGUUGAGAGCAACAUUCCCAAUCUCGUUCUGAAACGCAUAGCUGCUCUUGAAGAAAAUCACGUGGAAGAUCCCCAGGUCGACUACGAGACGAUGUACCAAGCUUUCUUUAAUCUUAUUGCGGGGUCUUGUUUCGUGCUUGGGCUCAAGUUUGCGGGCACGGCCAACGACGCAGCUUUUCAAGUGCUCUACAAAUACACUACGCUUCUUAUCAGGUACUCGAAGAACAACACAAUAGCCAUCAUCUCAGGGAAAAGCAGCGUGGAGAGCUGCCUGUGCUGCUGCCUGCUGUCCCUGUCUCUCCUGAUGGCCGGUACCGGGGACCUCGAGGUGCUGCGUCUCAUCAAGCUGCUCCGGGAGAGGGUCGGCCCGCAUAUCAAUGCCAGCGUCGAGUACGGGUCGCACUUGGCGGUGCACAUGGCGCUAGGCUUCCUGUUCCUGGGCGGCGGUCGCUUCUGCGUCGCCUCGGACAACAUGAGCGUCGCGGCGCUGCUCAUUGCCUGCUACCCUAAACUGCCCCAGCAUUCCUGGGACAAUCGAUACCAUCUGCAGGCUUUCCGUCACCUGUACAUGCUCGCCUGUGAGCCGCGUCUCCUCAUGCCCAUUGACAUUAACUCCGGUCGACUGUGUCUGGCUAACGUCACCCUCAAGAUGAGGGGGUGUGCAAAUUACGAGGAGUUCUCGUACGACGACACAGCGCCGCUGAUGCUGCCGCCGCUCUCCAAGCUGUCUGAGGUCGUCAUAGAAAAUAACUCUGCCAACAGCCGCUUCUGGCCGCUGAGGUUCACCCGUGAGAGCCACACAUGGUCAGUGCUAGAAGCUCUCAUACGAGGCGGGUACGGCGUGUCACUUAAACUACGGGAGGGCGAGGCCCCGUACACGCCUGGGACGUGCGGCACAAACCUUGAGGACCAGCCACGUGUGGGGGACAUGGCUCUCCUCAAGCCUGACAAGUGCUUCCUGCUCAGAGACCAGCCUGUGCCCUGGAUUGCCCAGAGUCGGGAGUUGAUUGGGAUUGAGGGGGAUCGCGCCUCUCAACUUCUGAGGGUUCUUCUUGGAUCAGGAAACGAUGAUACCGACACCUCUGACACGUCGGGCAAUAAAGACCGUACCAAGGCCCCCAGAUGGCCUUGCGAACAGGCUCUGCACCAGCUCCGAACUACGAUCGUGUACGACCAUCUGGCUCUCGGCAAGCCGGAAGCCAUAGCCAGCUGGAUCACAGUUAUUCAGGGUGUAAAGAAGAUCGCGCAGCUAAGCCAGAACUGUGGGUUGCUUGUGUGGCAAGUAAAACUCAUACACACGGUCGCCAAUUUCUUGGUGCUUCUUAACAAACGGGAAGCCGGCCGCAAGUUUGGCGUUGCCUGCGGUGCGAGUGCGCCUUCCUACAGGAGUGAACGAGUCCAGAGGGCGCUCUGCCCCCGUAGUGUCGUCGUUGAGACUCACGUGGACGAUGAGGUUAAAUUGAGCGUUGCUGACUCCGUGACAGCCGCCAACGUCAGCAUCGCUGGCGCCUCAGUUUUCAACUCAAAUCUCGCAACUCUGGCGUCGCAGUCGUCUAAUGCUGAUGGUUCUUACGGCGUUGUUUGUGCUCCUCCAGACGUCAAUAAGAAGGAAGUCCUGCAUAAUUACGAGAAUAACUCUCAGGCAACACCCCAUAUUUCUGUCACUGGCUUACCCGGUUCAAGUAAUUCAUGCCUUCGAACGGUGCAUGCAGUGCCCGGAUUCAGCGCGUCGCUCGGUACAAAUAUGCCAGUUUCUCCCGACCCCAGGGCGUCGUGCAGUGCAACAGUGCGAAAUUUCUCAGAUCCUGGUGCGCUGGACCAUGAAAUGGCUCAGGUACCACCUGCUUCCAGUACACCACCUGCACAGCUGGUCUCUCCGACCCCGCGACAGCUGGUCUCGCCUCAUCAAGCGAUCUCUUUGCGGUGUCGUCUCGCUGAGCUGUUCGACACGUGGGCUGGUGACGUGGCGCCGCAAUUACUGCAGUACCUGCAGCAGCAACAACGAGGUGCGCCAUACUCUGCUAAGGCCGCCCUCACCUUCCUCUUAUACGACGUGCCACCUCCAGCUGCCCUUACGCCUGUGCUGAGGGCGAAGUCUGGCAGUAAGCUGGCGGUGGCCAGAAGCCUUCAUCGCCUGGGCGUGUCGCCGGCCAUCAUACAAGCCGUCAUUGCAGCUCAACAGGAAUAUUGAUCCGAACUCCUAGAGGACGUGUAAACUGUCCACUUCAGAAGAUUGCUCAAUUAAAACUUCAUUGUAAAAACUUGAGUUUAGUGCCGUUACCGUACCAUCGUUCAUCAUUAAAUAAGAUUUGUUUGGUCUUAUUUUCGGCCUUCUAUUCUCAACUACUUCUUCGGUGUACUAAAUGCUGAGAAUUCGAAUCAGGCGUCAAUCAAGUAUGCUCUAAUCCGUGCCUUUGAAUCACUAUAAUUUCGAUUACUAUCCAUGCCUAACUAUUCUGCUAUUGACGAUCUCGUGUUGUAUGGAACGCCACAUUAAUGGUCUUAGCAACGCUUACAAAAGUAAGCGCGAGCUUACCUUUUUUUUCUGUACAGCUAUAAACAAUGCACGAAUGAACAUCUAUUAAUAAUGAAAUUAUAUCAAUAAUGUAGAUACCAAAAGUUGUGAUUUUCAGUAUGCACUAAGUCAGCUGUCUAGCGUUAAUUCAUGUU